ACCGGGGCGGGCUGAGCCGGGACUCGCAGGGCCGCGGAGGUGGAGCCAAGGCCGCAGUGGUCACGGCCGCUGGGACCGUGCUCGAGUUGUGCGCGUGUGAUGAUGGAUGCUGUGUUGUGCCAUUGUGAACACACCUGGUGGCCGGCGAAGAAACGUGAACAAAAUUCGACGUGGGAGGCGUGCUCCAGCAGCUGUUGGCGAGGAGCGAGGAGGAUCCAGUCGGCGCGGCUGGUGCGUCACGAGACGCUCGCUAUGGCCGGGGAUGAGCUGAGUCGCCCGGCCCAGCCGCCGCCGCGCGACCUGCUGGACGCCGUGGACGGACCGCUGCCGUCCGGCGCGCCCUGGCGGCCCCGCGACUUGCUCGACGACAUCGACGCGGUCGCCGCGCCGGUGGAGGCGGCCCGGCCGGCCGCCGAGACGGCCGAGAGCAGGCAGGAGGCGCCGGCGACGGGCGCCCCCAGCGCCGAGGUCGCCGCAGCGCCGCCGGGAGAGGACCCGCGGACGGAGCCGGUCUCGGUUGAGCAGGUGAAGUCAGCUCCCGUGGAGGAGCAGGCGAAGCCCACCCCGCAGGAGGAGGUCGAGUCGGCCCCCUCGGAGGCCGGGCAGGAGGGGGCGUUGUCAGUCUCCUCCGAGGACUGCCAGCCGAUGGCGUCGGCAAAAGUCGAGGAGGAGGCGGUCUCAGCUGGCGCAGCUCCAGCAGGAGGCGCGGACGUCGUUGUGAGCAGUGACGCGGUCGCUGAGGAGACGCCAGAGAUGCGGCCUGUGGAGCAGCCGGCUGCAGCCGCCGCCUCUGCGGCCGGCACGGUGACCUCUGUGGAGGAGGCGCGUAAGGCGGAACGACCGGCUGCUGUUGAGAUUGGCCCAGAGGAACAGAACUUGCAGGGUACACUGUCGGAUGAGCGGGCGUCCCAAGAAGCCUGUCCUGCAGGAGGACAGCUGGAAGCGGUCCCCUGUGAGCAGCAUUCCGUCUCCCAGGAGGCGGCAGCAGACAAGCACGUGCUGGUGGAGGCCGCUGUCCAGUGGCAGUCGUCCGUGGAGUCGGCCGGAGCGGAAGCACGGCUCGCCACGGCCGGCGCGAUCCCGGAGAGCCAGCUGGCGGUGGCCGCCUCCGCGGGGUCGAUCACCUCUCCUCCGGCGGUCCUGGAGCUGCCGCCGCCGCAGCAGCAGCCGUUGUCAGAGCCGGCGGUGACGCGUCUCGACCCGGCCGACUGCGCGCCGGCCGUCCCGGAGCCGCUUCAGGUCCCCGCGGCCGCCGUCACCGCCGGAUCCGGCUCAACCGGCCCCGGCUUCGGCCCCGGCUCGGCAGCUACGGAUACGGCUCCGUCUCUGGCUCCGGCUCCGGCUCCAGCUACAGCUACAGCUACAGCUACAGCUGCGGCCACGGCUGGGGACGGCGUGCGGCGCAGCCAGCCCAAUCUAAGCGCCCUGCCCGUCCGCAGCAAUCUGAAGCGGAAGAGUGCAGACGCCGCCGCGGGCAGCGUGGCCAAGCGGCCGCGGCGCGGCAUCCAGUUCGCCGGCGUGACGGUGUUCUACUUCCCGCGGGCGCAGGGCUUCACGUGCAUCCCGUCGCAGGGCGGCUCGACGCUGGGCAUGGCCGAUGCUCACAGUCACGUGGAGCGGUUCACGCUCACCGAUCACGUGAACGAGCAGCGCCUGGCGCACCGCGAGCUGCUCUCCCGGCUACGACUGAAGCAGCGCAAACUGCAGCCGUCGACGAGCAGCAGCGAGGAGAGCGACGCCGCCUCGGAGGAGGGCAGCGACCUCUCCGACUCGGAGCUCGACGUCGACAGCUACUUCUUCCUGCGGCCUGUGUCGACGCGGCAGCGGCGCGCGCUGCUGCGGGCCUCGGGCGUGCGCAAGAUCGAGCCGCUCGAGAAGGACGAGUGCCGCGACAUCCGCACGUCGCGCGAGUUCUGCGGCUGCGCCUGCAAGGUGGUCUGCCGCCCCGAGAACUGCCAGUGCGCCGGCGCCGGCAUCAAGUGUCAGGUGGACCGGCAGAACUUCCCGUGCGGCUGCACGCGCGACGGCUGCCAGAACCCCUCGGGCCGCAUCGAGUUCAACCCGAGUCGGGUACGCUCGCACUUCGUCGAGACGAUCAUGCGCGAGCAGCCGCCGGGGCCGCCGGCGCCCGGUCCGGCCGGCGGCGGCGCCGGCGGCUGGGCCAGCUGCGGCUGGCCCAAGGCGGCCGGCUGCGCGGCGGCGCCCGGCCAGCAGUACAUGACCGAGCAGGAGUACCCGAGCGGCGCGUACGCCGGCGGCGCCGCCGGCUUCGCCGAACUGGCGGCGCCCUACCAGGAGGACUCGUCCUACUCGGAGAACAGCGACGGCAGCAGCGACAGCUACGAGGUGGCCGUGACGUCUGCGGCCGCCGUGCCUGCCUACCAGCCGCCGCAGACGCAGUCUCACUACUCGAGCUUCUCGUUCGAGGGCGGCCUGCAGAACUAUGGGCCGCCGCCGGGGCCGGCGCCGCCGCCGUACCCAGCGCCGCUGGCCGGCUACCCGCCCGCCUACCCGCCGUGCCAGAGCUACGCGGCCGGCGCGCACGCGUACCCGGCACCGCCGCACUACAGCUACCCGUUCAACAAGUACCCGCCGUCGGGUCCGGGCCCCGGCGGCGGCGGCGUGGCCGGCGGCGCGGCGCCCGGCUACCCACCCGCCUGCAGCUACCCGGCCUACCCGAGCGUGGCAGCCGCAGGCCAGCCGGGCUGCUCGUACGAGCCGGCGCCGCCCGUCUACGCCACGGCCGGGCCGUACGAGGCAGCCUCGUGCACGUACCCGGCGGCGGCGGCGGCGGCGGCGCGGCCGGCCGGCUACGGGCCGCCUGCGGCCGGCGCCGCCGCCUUCCCGCCCGAGCCGGCCGAGCCGACCGGCGGCGACGAGCGCAAGUACACGGACCUGCGCAGCGUGCCGCAGCCGGCAGGCGGCCAGCUAGACUCGCUCGCCGACCUGCUGCAGAACAAGUUCAGCGGCUGGGUGGGCGGCGCAGCGGCGGCGGCAGCGGCCGGCGUCACCUACUGCGGCACGCCGCCCUCCGAGGACUCGGGCGUCGAGGUGGACGAGUGCUCCGUCAAGCACGCCGACAAGGCGGACGAGAACAUUGGCGAGAUCAUGAAGAAGACAAUGGUGGAGAGCGUGUCGGCAUAAGGGCGCACGGUUUCAGCGUGUGACGCGUUGCAAUGUUUUUAUGGUUAUUUAACUGAUGGAGGGGCGGAGGAAGCGGAAUAUCUAGGUAAGGCCGUAGUUCCGAAGCUGUCUUUCAGAGAGCAAAUAAACACAGCGAUUGUUGCAGUGCAUACUGGGCGCAAAACGAGUCACCUUUUUCGAAAACUUAGCGGAACGCACGAUAAAGUCAUCGCUAGCUAGCAACUUUUGAGGCACCCGAGGCUGGAAGAUUUAUCUGCAAUCAAAACGUUUCGAUGCGUGGCUACCGGCGAUAAUACUGUGAUAUUUACAAUGUUGCAGCUGGACAGAUAUCCCAUAUACUCUGUGUACAUAGUCGCAUGGUCAGCCCGGAGUCCGUUCGGGGCGUCUCAGCCAGUCGCCGUCUUGUCUGCGUGUUAGACGUAGCUUAUGUUCGUGUCGUGUCGUCCAUAGGCGCUCGUGCUUGUUUGUUUUGUGCGCCCGCCACCAGGGCGGAGCUGUUGAAGCCCUGGUUUUCCCCGCACUCCGCUCGUGUCAUUUUUACGAUGAGAAUGAUACCUCGGCCAAAGACUGCAAAAUACAUUAGCUAUAACCCA